GCUCCGUCAAUAAAAAUAGAAAUCUCGCUUAUUAGUAACUGUUUUUCUUUAAUGUCAAAGAUGGUUGCCACUUUCCUGAGACGUCGAUAAUACGAUUAACUAAUUCAAGAUGAAAAUCAUUGUACUGUUAGCGGUUGUCGGCGCUGCAUUAGCCGUCUCGAAUGAUUACUAUACAACAGCUGAUGAUGACCUGGAUAUGAAGGCAGUGGUCAGCGAUUUAGUGAAGCUCAAAGCCAUGGCUGACUGCUUCUUGGAUAGAGGCUCAUGUGAUGAUGUUGCAAUGAGUUUCAAAAAAAUAGUUCCUGAUAGUAUAGAAACCAUGUGCAUGCGUUGCAACGACGUUCAGAAGCAUUUGGUCAAUACAUUCAUUAAAGGUUUGCUCUCGAACGCUCCACAUGACCACGACAGCUUCCUAAAGAAAUUUGACCCUUAUGAAAAAUACAGAACCAAAUUUAUGGAAGCGAUUAAAGGCUUUUAA